AUGCUUGGCAACAUGCUCGAGUGGCUGGACUUUGGCAUCUACGGAUACUCGCAGUCGGACAUAUCGGUCCAGCUUUUUGCCGGGAGCGAAACCGCCAGUUGGGCAACCUUUGGACUGGGCUACGCGUUCCGACCGGUCGGGGCCUUUGUGUUGGGAAAGCUGUCCGAUGCGUACUCGCGAAAAAGCAGCUUUCUCGUGGCCAUGCUCGGCAUGGCCUUUUCGACGGCGUUGAUGGCCACAAUUCCCGCGGUGUGCGGAGAAGAGGGCGUAACAAUCGACUAUUGCGUUGGCGCCGUUUGGAAAAGCGCGGUGCCGGCGGUUGCGCUGCGCUGCGUCCAGGGUUUUUCUGCGGGCGCCGCCGCGGGAGGAAUCAACGUGAUCCAGUCAGAGCUGUGGUCGACCUCUGACCGAAAGGGGGCGCUCGCGCAGUCCGUCGGCGUGAACAACGCCAGUGGAGCCGCCGCUUCCAUGCUCUCUGCCGCCAUCGUCUUUGGCCUCCGCUCCGUGCUCGGCAGCGAAACCUAUGCCGCAUGGGGCUGGCGGCUCGCCUUCCUGGCGGUGGUUCCGCCCAGCAUGCUGGCGAGCUACCUGAUGCACACCUCGGUUCCUGAGUCGAACGAAUUUGCCACCACGGACGAUGAUGUUGUUGUCCUGAAGCACAAUGAGUCCAUCAAGAACGACGUCUCGGACGCAGUGGUCAACCCGGCGGCCCCGAUGAGGACCACCUCUGUGGGCCCUCGCCUAGGGUCGAUUUAUGAGAGCUCGCCCAAAGUGCCCAUCCCAGCUUCUACUACGAUGUCGCGGGACCCGCCUUGGCUUGUAAUCGUUGUCUCGAUCUACGUUCAGUUUGCCAUCGCGGCCUACAACAACCUCAACGUCUCGUACGCCAAGGAGCACUACGGGGUCUCCGUGAGUACCGCAACACUGAUGCAGGUGGUGGGAAAGGCGGUCCAAGUGGGGAUGACACCCCUAGCAGCUUUGCUCGCCGACUUGAGAGGCUGGUAUGGGGCAUGCGCCUUUGGUGGGAUCAUGUGCAGCGUGUUGGCCCUUCCUAUGAUGACGGCCAGCGAAUUUGGUGGCGUCAUCAGCACAUGGAUGCUAAUCUCGGUCGCCUUCCCCAUCGUCUCGACGGUGUGGAUCCUCAACGCGCCGCUGCUUGCGACGUCCAUCUUCCCCGUGGAGACCCGCAGCAAGGGCACCAGCCUGGUCAUGGCAACGGCAGCGGCGAUCAGUGGCUUCUUCCCGCUCGCCCUCAACGAGAUCACCAACGUGUACGCGAGUGGGGUGGUGCUCGCCGUCGUCGCGGCCCUUGCCAGUUGUGGGAUCCUCUGGCUCGGUCGCAUCACGGCGCUCAAGCACCUCGUGCUGCACGACAACGCACUGAGCGGCUCGAUCCCGCCCCUAAGUGGCAUUCCCAGCCUGCGGUACCUGCAACUCAGCGGCAACCGGCUGAGUGGCACCAUCCCGCCUCAGCUUGGCGACCACCUGCAUCUGAGCUCCCUGGACGUCUCGCGCAACCGCCUGAGCGGCGGGAUCCCGGCGGAGCUCGCAAAUCUCCGGUUCUGCGGCAUGGCAGCGACCUUUGGAGGAAGCAGCUAUAGCUACGGCGCAGGGGACGCGAACGCGUGGCUCGCCCCCAAGCAAGCCUCGCAGCCACCGCCGCCGCCGCCGCCGCCGCCACCGCUGCAAGGCGCCGUGGCGGCGGAGUUCUCGACCCAUGAGAGCGGCCGCGCCGACUUUCGAGGCAAGCACGGCCAAAUGUACGCCUUCUUCUCGGCGCCUGGACUGGCGGUCAACGUCAAGACGGAGGAUAAUCCCGAUGCAUCAUUUCUUCUCAAUAAAAACCACCAUCACUUGGAGGUCGACGGCUCGUUCAUCACCGAGGUCCACAUCGUGGCGCUCGUCGGCGGCAAAAAGCGCAAGGCGGCCAACUCGCAAGUCGCGACCGCCUCCUUUUGGGCGUCCGAGCUGUCCGAGUUCAAUACGGGGUGGCGGGUGGUGAACGGCAGCUGCGGCGGCGGCGGCUUCAGCCUCGGCAUGGGAGAGAAGCGGCGCUGCGAGGAGCCCGCACCGUCACGGGGCACUCUGGCAGUCGGAACGGAGUACCCGUUCACCCGCAUGGCUGUGCGAGGAAACAACGUGUACGGCCGCCUCUCCGGCCCCGCGCACCGGCUCGAUAUGAGCUUCACCGCAGCAGACAGCGACACGGCCGCCCUCGCCAUGCCGCACGGCCUGAUUGGCCAGUCCUUCUCGGCGCCGGCGCGACGGGAGGGCAAGGUGGACGACUACCCGCUGGAGGGGCACUUUGCAACAAGGACGCCGGGGCUGUACGAGGUGUCGUCGCCGUACGCGACGAGCGAGUUCACCUUCUCGCGCUUUAGCCAGCCGCUCGGGGAGGCGGUAAGACCGCGCGGGCAGCACCACGGCGACCGGCUGGCACUCGACGAGAACGCGGUGCAGUGCGGCGCCGCCUCCGAGGCGCUCACCCAGUGCCUCCGGAACCAUGGGCUGUCUCUCGACCCGAUGCUUCUCGUGUCAGAGCCGUCGCCGCAGAGCGACCUCUGCCUGCCGGCGCUGCACGCAUACCAGCGCUGCGGGCGUGACGUGCUGCUGGUGCUCGAGCUGACGCGGCAGGGCGGAUGCCAGGCGGAGGUGGCAGCGGCGAGGAGGUGCAACGAGGCUCCGUCGGCCAACUGCGAGUCGGCAGAGCUUGCCGCGAUGCUCUGCCUGCAGCGUGGCGCGGCGUCGCGCCCGCCGGACUGA